GGCAGAUGGGGGCAGAGGGGAGAAGGCUGGAGAGAAGGAGACCGAGAGGGGGCUGUGAGGAGACAUUUUUUUUCAUUUGUUCCCUUUGUCUUUGGUCAGAAAAAUACACGAACGUCUGAAACCCAGGAAUACGUGUGUAGUUGCGUCUUCUGACCGAGUCGGGUGGGAAGGAAAGAAGAGGAGGAAAAGAAGAAGAAGAAGAUAAUAAUAAUAAAUCAUGGAUAAGAACGAGCUGGUGCAAAAGGCGAAGCUGGCCGAGCAGGCCGAGCGCUACGAUGACAUGGCGGCCUCCAUGAAGGCGGUGACCGAGCAAGGCCUGGAGCUGUCCAACGAGGAGAGGAACCUGCUGUCGGUGGCCUACAAGAACGUGGUGGGCGCCCGGCGCUCCUCCUGGAGGGUCAUCUCCAGCAUCGAGCAGAAGACCGAGGGCAGCGAGAAGAAGCAGCAGAUGGCCCGCGAAUACCGGGAGAAGAUCGAGGCCGAGCUGAGGGACAUCUGCAAUGAUGUGCUGGGACUUCUGGACAAAUACUUGAUAGCCAAUGCUACUAGUGCAGAAAGCAAAGUUUUCUACUUGAAAAUGAAGGGAGAUUACUAUCGUUAUUUAGCUGAGGUGGCAGCUGGAGAGGACAAGAAAGCUACAGUUGAGCACUCGCAACAGGCGUACCAGGAGGCAUUUGAGAUCAGUAAGAAAGAGAUGCAACCAACACACCCGAUCCGCCUGGGACUGGCCCUUAUUUCCGUCUUUUAUUAUGAAAUCCUUAACUCCCCGGAGCAGGCUUGUGCUCUCGCAAAGACUGCUUUUGAUGAAGCAAUUGCAGAGCUUGAUACGCUGAACGAAGAUUCCUAUAAAGACAGCACAUUAAUAAUGCAAUUAUUGCGAGACAACUUGACAUUGUGGACUUCAGACAACCAAGGAGAAGAAGCUGAUGCGGGUGAAGGAGGAGAGAACUAAACGUCCACCGACCGCCUCGUUCUGUCUGCUUCAUUCCUGUAUCUUCACCAUCAAGACUAUUUGUAAUCUGCUGUCCCACUAGUUUCUAUUUUAGGUCUUUGAAAAGCUUCUGUCACUUCUGUUGAGUCUCUGUGUUUCCCAUGUGGUUUGUGUUUGAUAGUAGGGGAGAGGAGCCAAUUCAUAUUGGGAACUCUUGUUUGUACUGUACCUUCCAGGUGGCCAAUGUAAAUUCAGGGUGGAAUUUUUAUACAGGUUUUAAAUGUUUGGUUAGUACUCCUUGUAGCUUUGGCUUACCACAAGGCUAAUGUCAAACACUUGUACUAACAAAAAGGAAUGCCCCAUAAAUUUAGCAUACAUUAAUGGCAUAGAUUCAAAGUGAAUCGUGCAAUUCCCUAGAGCUCUAAAUUGUUGAUCGAAUGCGCACCAUCCAUUACAUUUCUCAGGAUUUUUUGGGGGGGGUGAGGGCAGAGGAGGAUUAACAUUCCAUGAAUUGCAAGGUUCACCAUUGCUCACGUUUUCAUUUUGCUACACAAAUGACAUCUGGACAUUUUAUUUGUAUUUAAAAGAAAUUAUUGUCGAUGUAAGAACAAAUGUACAAGCAGACAUGCAGUAAAAUUAAAACGCUUGAUAACUUUGAUAAUGUACGUUUAAAAGGUGAAGACCUUCUCAUGUGUCAUCUGGAAACGACUUUUGUUUUUUUUGGCUUUGUGCUCUUGAUAAUUGCCUAACACGCAUGUGGCUGUGAAAUAGUUAAUGGGGAAGUAAUGAGAUAUAUUGCUGUAUGGCUAGCUGCAUUCAUGUCUUCUGGACUUUUCAUAAGGACACAAGCAUAAUUGUUAUCAAGAAAAAAAUGUGUAAAGUUGAUGUAAGUGGAAUAAAAUGUUUUAUGAAUGGAUUUUUUUUAAACUUCAAUUUGACUUCCUAAAAAAUUGUAUGCUGAUGUAUGUCUACCUUGUGUCUGAAGUGAAAUGGAGAUCCAGAGCUAGUCUAGAUGUAUGUGAUUGGAAACUCUGGAAGGUGUCUGAUCAGCAAUGAAGGAGUCAUUGCUUUUCAGAUUAAUGUCAAUCUACAGUGGUCGUCUGAUCACAGGUCUCGUUAACCUAUUCCUGUGACUGUUGGGCAAAAUGGGGCUUAAUUUCCAUGUUAGUUGUAAAUAGUACAUUGUCAGAAUUCACUAUUUGAAUCACUUUAGUGUUAAACAAAAGUGAGACUAAAUAUUAUGCAUUACCUUCAACAAAAAGACCCUUGAAGUGAAAUCCUUUGCAUUCAGUGGACAUUUUAUUAUUAGCUUUAUAGUGGAAUUUCCCCCAGUGUCCUGGUUAAAUACAGUUAAGUAGCUGGUAGUGGCCUGUAAUGGCAACUCCAAUGUUAUGAGAAAUGGUUAUCCUCGGAAAUGUUAGUAUCUUAGUUAUUCACUUAUUCAUUAUUAUUGAUAGAACCCAUGCAGAAAUGAUAAUUGACAGAAUAAAUGUAUGGAUCACGAGCAAAAUCAAAGACCAAAAAUGACAAAUUACAACAGUUGAGGUAGUGAAGAAAUUACUAGUUACUGGAAAAACAAAAUGCUUUAAAGGGGUUUGAGAACUGUGGUAUGGACCAACAGUUGUGCUACAUUGACAGCAAAAUCUGUACUGUCUUGUCAUUGGGAGAAUAAAUGAAUAAAAAAGCAAGAAUAAAUGUACCAAAAGCAAAAUUAAAAUCUGGAAUAGUAUGAAGAACAGAAACAAUUAGUUUCCAAAUUGUGUUGUGUUCUUGUGUGUGCAUGCUGUCUUUACAUCCCUCUCUUCCUUUCCUCCUACCCUGGAAAAAAAUCAGGCCUAGGGGUACAAGUGACUGAUAUUCUGAUAACAAAUCGCAUUUCCUCAAUUUUAGCAGCAUUGGUGGGAAAAUAUGGAAAUCUUGACGUUUCCACUAAAUACUGUUGAACCUCAAAUAUUCUCUGUUGACCGUUCGCAAGACUCAGUAGGG